AUGGGCAUCCCAGGCUUAGAGAAGCUACAAUUCUGGAUCUCCAUCCCUUUUUGCUCUAUGUAUUUAGUAUCACUUGUGGGCAACUCCUUGCUGACCUUUCUGAUCUGCCUGGAACACAGUCUCCAUGAGCCCAUGUAUCUCUUCCUGGCCAUGUUGGCUAUGACAGACUUCUUGCUCUCUAAUACCAUCAUGCCAAAGAUGCUUUCUCUUUUCUGGUUCCAGGCUAGGAACAUUUCUUUCCAGGCUUGCAUCACCCAGAUAUUCUUUGUCAUUUUCAUUUUUAUCAUAGAAUCAACAGUCCUUCUGGCCAUGGCAUUUGACCGCUACGUGGCCAUCUGCUUUCCAUUGAGAUAUACGAUGAUCUUGAAGCCUUCUGUGAUCAGGAACAUUGGAGCAUUUUCUGUGGCCAGAGCCCUCCUCUUCACAUCCCCUUUUGUUUUCCUAGUCGAGCGGCUGCCAUUCUGUGGAAAUAACAUCAUUGCUGAUACUUAUUGUGAACAAACUAAGGUUUCCAGACUGGCCUGUGCAGAUAUAACUGCCAACAAUAUUUACACUCUGGUGAUAUCAUUUCUGUCUACAGGCUUAGAUGUCUUUCUCAUUUCUAUCUCUUAUAUGUUUAUUCUUCAAGCUGUCUUUAGACUCCCAUCCCGUGAUGCCCAGUUGAAAGCUCUGGGCACUUGCAGCUCCCAUCUGUGUGUCAUCCUCAUGUUCUACCUGCCAGCCUACCUGACAGUGCUGAUCAGCCGCCUAGGCUGUGGGGUCCUGCUAGCCAAUCUUUAUGUGGUUGUGCCCCCUGCAUUGAACCCCAUUAUUUAUGGUGUGAGGACCAAGCAAAUCCGGGAUAUUAUCACAUCCAGACUCUCUAGGCUGGGUUUACAUUGCUAA